CUCUCUCGAGCCCCCCUAGAUUCCCGGAAUUACGGCUGCGUCCUUCUUCCGUUCCUUGUGGUUGUUGUUGCUGCUGCUAGUGGCAGGAGAAAGAAAGAAAGAAAAUGCUGUCCCUGCAGGAGGCGAUCGGCCUUGACAUGGACGCGAUGACGUCCGGGUUCGGCUUCACCCCGUGGGAGGCCGACACGUGCCCCACCCUCGAGGAGCUCAUGGCGGCGUCGUCCACCACGUCGUCCCCCAGCUCGUCCGGCGGGGCCGCCGCGGACCAGGGCCACGGCCUGGUGGAGGACGAGGAGGAGCGCCGGCGGCGGCAGCGCCGGAAGGUGUCGAACCGGCUGUCGGCGCAGCGGUCGCGGGCGCGCAAGCAGCAGCGCCUCGAGGAGCUCCGCGGGACGGUGGCUCGCUUCCGCGCCGAGAAGCGCGAGCUGGCCGCCAAGCUGCACGCCGUGGCGCGGCACGAGCUCGCCGUGCGCCGCCAGAACGCGCGGCUCCGCACCGAGGAGGCCGCGCUCAAGCGCCGGCUCGGCUACCUACUCGCGCUGCAGCGGCUCACGCUGCAGCUCCGGUCGCGUCGCCCGCAGCCGGGCGCUGGCGGCGGGCCGGGAGGAGCCGCCUUGCCGCCGGCCGCAGCGACGGGGCUGGCUUCCCUGAUGACCUACUAG